GAAGCUUGCCUUUCAGUUUGUGGGUCCUCCAUCACGGCAAGAGCAGCGAGAAACAGUCGUUGGAGGCUGGCGCCAAAUCAUGGAUCCGGUUUGGAAUCGACCUCUGUACGUCUCUCCAGUCAACGGCCGGACGACGUGGGGAGUGAAUGAGGUGAUAAGAACUGGUGGUCUGGACGACCUGCUCCUGAACAGAAGCUGGGAUCUGUGCUGCAUUGAUCCAGAAGCGCUGGAAAUCCAGAAGCAAGAUGACUGGUGCAUGAACGCCUGGGGCCUUGGCGAAGAGAAACUUCUCACUUGA